AUGCAGCUGACCUGUUCCAGGAGGCGCAGAUAUAUAUGGUGGGGGCGGAGGUGGCAACGAGCACGAGCGCGGCGAGCGCCAGCAGCGCGGCGGGCAGAGCGCCGGCCAGCGACACCGUGGCCAGCGACACCGCGGCCAGCAGCGGUCGCGCGAUGCAAAAAGACAUGCAGCUUACCUGUUCCAGGAGGCGCAGAUAUAUAUGGUGGGGGCGGAGGUGGCGACGAGCACGAGCGCGGCGAGCGCCAGCAGCGCGGCGGGCAGAGCGCCGGCCAGCGACACCGUGGCCAGCGACACCGCGGCCAGCAGCGGUCGCGCGAUGCAAAAAGACAUGCAGCUUACCCGUUCCAGGAGGCGCAGAUAUUUAUGGUGGGGGGGGAGGUGGCGACGAGCACGAGCGCGGCGAGCGCCAGCAGCGCGGCGGGCAGAGCGCCGGCCAGCGACACCGUGGCCAGCGACACCGCGGCCAGCAGCGGUCGCGCGAUGCAAAAAGACAUGCAGCUUACCCGUUCCAGGAGGCGCAGAUAUUUAUGGUGGGGGGGAGGUGGCGACGAGCACGAGCGCGGCGAGCGCCAGCAGCGCGGCGGGCAGAGCGCCGGCCAGCGACAUCGCGGCCAGCGACACCGCGGCCAGCAGCGGUCGCGCGAUGCAAAAAGACAUGCAGCUUACCUGUUCCAGGAGGCGCAGAAUAUAUGGUGGGGGCGGAGGUGGCGACGAGCACGAGCGCGGCGAGCGCCAGCAGCGCGGCGGGCAGAGCGCCGGCCAGCGACACCGUGGCCAGCGACACCGCGGCCAGCAGCGGUCGCGCGAUGCAAAAAGACAUGCAGCUUACCUGUUCCAGGAGGCGCAGAUAUAUAUGGUGGGGGCGGAGGUGGCGACGAGCACGAGCGCGGCGAGCGCCAGCAGCGCGGCGGGCAGAGCGCCGGCCAGCGACACCGUGGCCAGCGACACCGCGGCCAGCAGCGGUCGCGCGAUGCAAAAAGACAUGCAGCUUACCUGUUCCAGGAGGCGCAGAUAUAUAUGGUGGGGGCGGAGGUGGCGACGAGCACGAGCGCGGCGAGCGCCAGCAGCGCGGCGGGCAGAGCGCCGGCCAGCGACACCGUGGCCAGCGACACCGCGGCCAGCAGCGGUCGCGCGAUGCAAAAAGACAUGCAGCUUACCCGUUCCAGGAGGCGCAGAUAUUUAUGGUGGGGGGGAGGUGGCGACGAGCACGAGCGCGGCGAGCGCCAGCAGCGCGGCGGGCAGAGCGCCGGCCAGCGACAUCGCGGCCAGCGACACCGCGGCCAGCAGCGGUCGCGCGAUGCAAAAAGACAUGCAGCUUACCUGUUCCAGGAGGCGCAGAUAUAUAUGGUGGGGGCGGAGGUGGCGACGAGCACGAGCGCGGCGAGCGCCAGCAGCACGGCGGGCAGAGCGCCGGCCAGCGACAUCGCGGCCACCGACACCGCGGCCAGCAGCGGUCGCGCGAUGCAAAAAGACAUGCAGCUUACCAGUUCCAGGAGGCGCAGAUGUAUAUGGUGGCGGCGGAAGCGGCGACGAGCACGAGCGCGGCGAGCGCCAGCAGCGCUGCGGGCAGAGCGCCGGCCAGCGACACCGUGGCCAGCGACACCGCGGCCAGCAGCGGUCGCGCGAUGCAAAAAGACAUGCAGCUUACCUGUUCCAGGAGGCGCAGAUAUAUAUGGUGGGGGCGGAGGUGGCGACGAGCACGAGCGCGGCGAGCGCCAGCAGCGCGGCGGGCAGAGCGCCGGCCAGCGACAUCGCAGCCAGCGACACCGCGGCCAGCAGCGGUCGCGCGAUGCAAAAAAGACAUGCAGCUUACCUUUUCCAGGAGGCGCAGAUAUAUAUGGUGGGGGCGGAGGUGGCGACGAGCACGAGCGCGGCGAGCGCCAGCAGCGCGGCGGGCAGAGCGCCGGCCAGCGACAUCGCGGCCAGCGACACCGCGGCCAGCAGCGGUCGCGCGAUGCAAAAAGACAUGCAGCUUACCCGUUCCAGGAGGCGCAGAUAUAUAUGGUGGGGGCGGAGGUGGCGACGAGCACGAGCGCGGCGAGCGCCAGCAGCGCGGCGGGCAGAGCGCCGGCCAGCGACAUCGCGGCCAGUUGCGACACCGCGCCCGGGUCGCGCGAUGCAACAAGACAUGCAGCUUACCUGUUCCAGGAGGCGCAGAUGUAUAUGGUGGCGGCGGAAGCGGCGACUAGCACGAGCGCGGCGAGCGCCAGCAGCGCGGCGGGCAGAGCGCCGGCCAGCGGCGCCGCGGCCAGCUGCGGUCGGCGCACCGUGCUACCGCCCGCAAGCGGCGCGCGAGCCGCGCCCACCGCCGCUUGA